CUAUUCUUAAAUUAUAAAGUUUUUAUUAUGUAAUAUUGUAGCUUGAAAUAAUUAAGAUUAUUUCAAAAGAUUAGAUUGCUUAUAUAUCUUUUAAACACUCAUUUUUGGAAUAAAUACAAUAAGAAAUCUUUUUUUAUUUAUAAAAAACAAAAAUUAAAAAAAAUCUUUAAUAUUAAAAUUUAAUUCCCUCAAAAAUAAGAAAUGAACUCUAUUAAAGCUUUCGUCCAAAAGGCUGCUCCCCACUUCAAGGGUGCUGCUUACUGUCCCAAGAGCAAAUCUUUCAAGCAAGUUUCCUUAGAAGAUUACAAAGGCAAAUAUUUAUUAUUGUUCUUCUAUCCUUUAGAUUUUACUUUUGUUUGCCCUACUGAAAUUAUUCAAUUCUCCAACCAUGCUAAGAAGUUCAACGAAACUAACUGUGAAGUUAUUGGUUGCUCUAUUGAUAGUCACUACACUCAUUAAGCUUACGUUUAAAGACCUAGAUCAGAAGGUGGUUUGGGAGAAGAUUUGUAAAUUAGUCUCCUUUCAGACUUAACUAAAAACAUCUCUAGAGAUUAUGGUGUUUUGACUGAAGGUGGUAUUGCCUUAAGAGGCUCUUUCAUCAUCGAUGACAAGCAAGUUUUACGUCACACUUCAGUUAACGAUCUCCCAGUCGGUAGAAACGUUGAAGAAUACUUGCGUUUAGUUUAGGCUUUCUAAUAUGCUGAUAAACACGGUGAAGUCUGCCCUGCUUCUUGGAAACCUGGUGCUGCUACCAUGAAACCCAGUCAUGAAUCUGAUGUCACCUCUAAAUACUGGAAAAAUGUUCAUGCUAAGAAUUGAAUUUAUUCUAAAACUUAAUAAUGAUUUUUAUAGAAAAUUAUUCAAUAAAAAGCUAAGCUUUAUUAAUAAUAGUAUUAAUUGUUUUUAAGUUUUAACUUGUAAAAGGGAUAUAAUCUAUUUUUCUAAAUAAUAAUUCAU